AUGGCCCCGCACAACGACGUCGCCGCCUUCCACGAGGCCCUGCGCUCCAGCAAGCGCAUUCUCGCCCUCUGCGGCGCCGGCCUCUCCGCCUCCUCCGGCCUGCCGACCUUCCGCGGCGCCGGCGGGCUCUGGCGCAAACACGACGCCACAGCACUCGCAACCAUGAACGCCUUCCGCAACGACCCGGGGCUCGUCUGGCUAUUUUACGCGUACCGCAGGCACAUGGCGCUCAACGCGCAGCCGAACCCGGCGCACUACGCCCUGGCCGCGCUGGCGGAGAAGAACCCAGACUUUCUGUGCCUGACGCAGAACGUCGAUGAUCUCUCGCCCCGGGCGGGACACAAGAUGGAACAGCUCCGCCGCCUCCACGGAAGCCUCUUUGACAUCAAGUGCGCCAACUCGGCAUGCGCCUACGUCGAGCGCAACAACACCCUGGACCCGCUCUGCCCGGCCCUCGCCCCGGCCUCGGAGGACGUCAAGGACCCCUCUCAAACCCUCCCGCUUCUCGACCCGACCAAGAAGCUCAAGCGCAUCGACGACGCCGACCUCCCGCACUGCCCGUCGUGCAAGACGGGGCUGCUGCGCCCGGGCGUCGUGUGGUUCGGGGAAAACCUCGACGGCGAGAUGCUCAGCGGCGUCGACGCGUGGAUCGACGAGGGCAAGGUCGACCUCAUGAUCGUCGUCGGCACGUCCGCCAAGGUGUGGCCGGCCGCCGGGUACAUCCACAAGGCGCACAAGGCCGGCGCGCGGGUGUGCACCGUCAACCCCGAGGCCGAGGACGGGGUCCAGAUGCUCCAGGUCAAGCCGGGGGAUUUUGCGUUUGGGAGGGACGCGGCCGAGGUGUUGCCGUUGCUGCUGGAGCCGGUGAUUGGCAAGAUGGGGACGGAUGGACGGACGUACACGGAGGAGCAGAAGUCGGAGUAG